AUGAAGAGAGGCAGACCUCCUGCAAAGAAAAGCAUGGGCUUCCAGAUGGAAGAAAAUUCAGAUACCAAGAAAAAGAAAGAGAGAAAUGAGGAGAGGCACGAAGAGCAAUGUCGUUCAGGAAAGCAGCCAAAGAGAGUUGCUGCAUGGCCUUCAAUCAAGGAGGCAAGUAAAGCCUCCACCGUUGCACCCAAGGAAGAGAAACCUAAAAUAAGAGAGUUGGCUGCUAUUGCUGUUACAAGAGUUAGUGCAGAUGAUGUUCCACCAUCAAGGAAGCUUUUGGACUUCAUGUUCCAUGGGGCUGAUGGCAAUCCACUACCGAUCGAGGCAUCUGAGGUAACUGAAGUCUUCAUUUCUUCUAUUAUCAUUCCAUCUGAUGGGCUGGAGAAUGAAACAGAGAGAGGAGUUCGAUGCAAAAAGUUUGCUAAAAUCCAGUCUUGGGCUAUCUCACUCUAUGAUGAGGACAGCCCAGUGAUCUGGAUUUCAACCAUGGCUGCAGAAUACAGAUGUAUGAGGCCUAACCGCACCUACAGGAAGUUCUUCGACCACCUGUUAGAGAAGGCAUGGGUCUGCCUCAAGGUGCAGAAGACAUUGAGGGGGUCUAAAGAUGAUAUUCUUGAUAUGCCUCUCAAUGAGUUGAUAGCUAAGGUGAUCCGUUCAUUAAGGGGAAAUGAAUGCUUUGCGAAAAGACCUGCUGGGAGAGAUUUUGUUAUAUCUCUUGGUGAAUUUAUCUAUGAACAACUCAUCAAACUAGACAAGGCAUCAGGAAAUGGAAGAGUAAAAUUAGAGACGGUGCCAGGCUUAAUUUCUCUACAAGAGGAAUGUAAAAGCCAAAUGGAAUGCAUGAAGCCUGGCUCUCCACAGACUGAAGAAGGAAAGGAUAUUAAAUUAGCACAAGACAGCAAUGAGAAGUUGGCAAGAUUACUGCAAGAUGAGGAAGAUAGGAGAAACAUGAGGCGGCAGGGAACUCGACAGCCAGCAAUGAUCAGAAACAAAUUUUGCUUCGAGACCGAUUUGCCUGAGAUUACCGCAGAGUAUCCCUCACCAGGUUACUACAAAGCAAGAGACAAUGAGAUGGACGAGGAGUUCUAUAACAGUGAGACUGAUGAGACUGAUGAGCUCCCAAGAAGGAUUCUGCAAAGUUGGGCCCUCUAUGAUUCCAACUCGAGGUUUGUUUCAAUAGAGAAACUUCCCAUGAAAACAUGGAUGGACAGUGAUGUGCCAGUAUUUGGAUCCGGGUGCAUGACGAAGGAUGAUGGGAGUUGCUGCUGCACUAAUGUUGAUCCAGCUCAAGAUGAUGUAUUUCCAGUCUUCUUGAGUGCUGUGAAGGAGUGGGCGGUCGAGUUCAACUCCAUGACAAUCUCGAUAUCAAUCCGAACAGAUGCAUCCUGGUAUAAGCUUGGGAAGCCUGCAAGGCAAUAUGCGCCCUGGUAUGAACCUGUAUUGAGAGUCGCAAGGUUAGUUGAACAUGUAAUCAAACUAAUUAAGAAACAGAGUAGAGCUUCGAGGCUCACAUUCUCAGAUGCCACCAAGGAAGUUGCAGAAUUAGAAAAGGAUAACCCUGCAUACAUUUCCUCAAGUGUCAAAGCAGUGGAGCAAUAUAUGGUGGUUCAUGGACAAAUGAUACUUAAACUAUUUGCUGAGUAUCCAGAGAGGAUGAUCCGCCAGUGUCCUUUUGUCUCAGGUCUCAGACACAAGAUGGAGGAGAAGCUCCAGACUAAACAGACCAUGAGAAACAAGGUCAAAGUUCAUAAAGAAGCAAGCCUGAAACAAAAUGCAGGGAUGGUGCCCAUGUUGUCCAAAAGAGAAAAGUUGAUGCAGGCAACGACAACUAGAAUGAUCAACAGGAUAUGGAAGGAUUACUAUAGUAGAAAUUUUCCAGAGGAGACAAGGGAGGGCGAUGACCACGGAUUGAUCGAAGAAGAGCUUGAGGAAGAAGAUGAGGAAAAGGACAUUUUAGCUGUAGAAGAUAAAGCUUCAAGGCGUUGCUCAUUGACUGCUUCUGCUUCCAACUCCAGUAGGAGCGAAAUCAAAUGGGAAGGGAAGGCAAUCAAGCAAAAAGGUUCCCAUAAGGCUCUAUAUAAAUGUGCACUGGUCCGUGGGGUUUUGAUAACCAUUGGUGGGGCAGUAAUAGUCACUGCUGAUGAUUCAGAAAGGGUGCCAACUAUGGUUCUGGUGGAGUAUAUGUUUGAGAAGAGAGAUGGUCUAAAAAUGGGUCAUGGAAGGAUACUGUUAAAAGGGUCUCAAACGGUUCUUGAGAAUGCUGCAAAUGAGAGGGAGGUGUUUCUGACCAAUGACUGCAUGGAGUUUGAAUUAAGGGAUGUCAGAGAAUCUGUUGUGGUGAAUGUUCGAUCAAUGCCUUGGGGAUAUGAGCAUAGGAAGAAGCAAGCUCAUGCUGAAAAAAUUGACAGGGCAAAGGCAGAAGAGAGGAAGAAGAAAGGAUUGCCUUUGGAGUUUUACUGUAAAAGCUUUUAUUGCCCUGAAAAAGGGGCCUUUGUUGCUCUUCCUGUUGAAAGUUUAGGCCUCGGAACCGGGGCCUGCAGUGCUUGCAAAAUAAGAGAAACCCAAAGGGAAAAUUUUCAAAUCAGUUCUUCUAAGACCAGUUUUAUUUAUAGGAAAAUAAGAUAUAAAGUAAAUGAUUUUGUGUAUGCGAGGCCUCAGCACUUUAAUGAGGAUAAGAAGAACCAUAAGACCUGCAAAUAUGGGAGAAAUGUGGGUUUGAAAGCCUAUGUAGUUUGCCAGUUGCUCGGCAUUGAAGUCCCUGCAAAGUGUACAAAGAUCGCACAAGAAUCAGCAAAGCUUAGAGUCAGGAGAUUCUACAGACCAGAUGAUGUAUCAAAAUCAAAAUCAUACAGUUCUGAUAUAAGAGAGGUCUAUUACAGUGAAGAUAUACUGAGUAUUCCUGUGGGGGUAAUUGAAGGAAAAUGUGAAGUCAGGAAGAAGAGUGACCUUCCAGAAUUGGAAUUUCUAGUUAUUGUAGACCAUGUUUUCUUCUGUCAAUAUUCUUAUGAUCCAGUCAAAGGAUCUCUUAAUCAGUUGCCAGCCCAUGUCAAGCUUACAUUCCAAACCCGAAAGGCAGCGGACAAAAAUAAAUUGAGAAAUAAUAAACGGAAGGCUAAAUGUGGAGGCAUUGGUCGAAAAGCUCGGUUGGCUUCCUUAGAUAUUUUUGCUGGCUGUGGGGGCUUAUCAGAGGGACUACAGCAAUCUGGUGUUUCGUUUACGAAGUGGGCAAUUGAAAAUGACAUGCAAGCUGGGGAAGCAUUUAGAUUAAACCAUCCAGAGACACAGAUGUUUGUUGAUGACUGCAACAUCAUACUAAGCGCAAUAAUGCAAAAGUGCGGAGAUGCUGAUGACUGCAUCUCAACUUCUGAGGGUAAAAGAUUCGCAGCAAACCUCGACAAGGAAAAGCUUAGCAAUCUUCCUUUGCCAGGCCAAGUAGAUUUUAUUUAUGGGGGUCCUCCAUGUCAGGGGUUUACUAGCAUGAAUAGAUUUAAUCAAAGCCCAUGGAGCAAAGGCCAACGUGAGAUGCUAUUAACAUUUCUUUCUUUUGCCGAGUACUUCAGACCGAGGUUCUUCUUAUUGGAGAAUGUUAAAAACUUCGUAUCUUUCAACAAAGGGAGUACCUUCCGUCUAACAAUUGCUUCACUCCUAGAGAUGGGUUACCAGGUGAGAUUUGGUAUCUUGGAAGCUGGAGCAUAUGGAGUGUCCCAAUCAAGGAAGAGGGCAUUUGUUUGGGCAGCUUCACCUGAAGAAACACUACCAGAAUGGCCAGAACCUAUGCAUGCCUUUGCUUGUCGAGGUCUGAAAAUAUCGUUGACAGCCGAUUCCUUUUAUGUUGCUAUGAAAAGCACCAUUAGAGGAGCGCCCUUACGAUCUUUGACGGUAAAGGAUACAAUUGGAGAUUUGCCACCUGUGGGCAAUGGAGCAUCUCUUCUUAGUAUGGAUUAUAGAAGUGAUCCAGUGUCAUGCUUCCAGACAAAAGUACGAGGAACCAUGACAACCCUAAAGGAUCACAUAUCAAAAGAAAUGAAUGAGUUGAAUCUCAUUCGGUGCAAACGUGUCCCAAAGCGCCCUGGUGCCGAUUGGCGCUGCCUCCCAAAGAAGAGGGUGAAAUUGUCCAAUGGACAAACAGAGGACCUGAUUCCCCGGUGGAUGAUAAACACCGCCAAGAGGAACAAUCAGUGGAAGGGACUGCUUGGAAGGCUGGAUUGGCAAGGGAACUUCCCAACUGUUAUCACUGAUCCCCAACCCCUGGGGAAGGUGGGCACAUGGUUCCAUCCUGAACAAGACCGAAUUCUUACAGUCCGCGAGUGCGCUCGGUCUCAAGGUUUUCCGGAUAGCUACAAGUUUUCAGGUAACAUCCAGGACAAGCACAAGCAGAUUGGGAAUGCCGUGCCGCCUCCCCUGGCAUACGCUCUAGGGAGGAAACUCAAGGAAGCAGUCGAUAAGAAGCAGUCCUCGAUUUGAAGGCUGAUGACCUCCUAAUCCGUGAUCAAUCCGUUGGUGUCAUACAGUGGGCAAUCAGCGACUCCCUGGUUUCUUCUCUCUACGUCGAUACAGAGGAGUAGGUUCUAACCAGGAUUACAAAUUUUUCUAUCUCGGAGAGUUGAGAUGCAGUCAUCAACAUCCCCACGCUUUGCAUUAUUGCCUUAAUUUCCAUCCACUCACUCAACUCAAAUUACUUCAAAUACUAAAUACCAUACUGAGAAGAAAAGGUGUAACAUGAUCAAUUCACGUUAAUACGAAAAAAAAAAAAGCAAUUAUUGACAAGUAUCCAAGCCUCUACAUGGUUUAGGCCAAAUGCUUUUCCAUAUGCUCUAGCUUCC